GCAGCCCUAAAUGACGUCGUAAGCAAGUAUUCAAAAAGAGUUUUUUUCCCGAUCGCCACAUACCAGACAGCAUCUCCACCAGCCUUGGUCUCAUGGUGUCCUCCACUAGCGUAGGUUCUGCGCGCAACCUGGCGGAACAAUUGAGGGCGCACCGUGGAUGGUCGUAAGGCACGAAAGCUCGAUCGCAUAGCAGCAACUCUUGAGAAGGCCAUUGUGGCGGGGGAACUGAACAAUUACGUACAGAAGAUGGUCUGGAGAGGGCGAUGAGCAAUGCAGAGAGCGUGUGAUGGAUUGACCACUACGUACCGUCUCAAUUGAGGGAGAUGGAGUGAGUUGAGACGGGAAGGACGAAGUCACGAAGCCUGGCAGAGGAGCAGAAGCUGCUGUCAGAGCUCUCUCUCGACCCGGGCUCCCGGUCCGGCCAUUUCCGGGAAUACAUAGCAGAGCGGACCGAGCUUCUCGAGCUCUGGCUCGCUUACUCGUAGGUCAAUACUUCAGUACAGAGUAUCAGUCUGGUGAGUGCACACCAUAGUGAGUAAUAUACCAGUGAGUACUGCGACGGAGGGUGAGAAUAGCCUGACUCGCCUGAGUAGGUACCUCUGUCAGUGAGUCAGUGGCUCCAGGUGGUGGUACCUCUGUCUUGUGUGCCUUGCGGUGCCUGAGACUCUGUAAGGCAGCCGAGAAUCAACUCCAACACCCAUACCAGAAGUUUACCCCACCAUGCUUGAGGUGAGUGAAUGAGGUGACAGGCUCCCAUCCGCGUCCACUUUCCAGUCCCGGUCCCAGUGAACUACUUGAGGUUGAUGGAAUUGUUCCUGGCCACCUCAAAGGAGCAUCUGCUCAACUUCAACCUGAAGACCUUCCUUUCCUACCACCACCUCAGGCUCAACCUCGACCUUUCCCCACGCAUCUUCUCCCUCAACCUCAACACCAACACCAUUCCCACCGAGCUACCUACAGCUUCAUAAUCAACCACUCCCCGCCGCAUACGAGUAUUCCGCAUAGGAAGGCAACCAUCAACCACCGUCCUCCCCGCUCAACAGAAUCCACCCAACUUCUAUUUUGUGAAUGGUCCCCGACUUACCCAACUUGCGGUGAUCGCUUGUCGCAGAAAGCUGGAGCUAUCUAGACCCUUUGGUAAUCCUCACGCAGAAACGAGCGAACCGAUCGACGCAACUCCAAGAUGUCGAGCCAGAUCCCCCAGAAUCCGACCUCGCAAACGGUAGCCGCGCUACUCCCUAAGCUUCAGGAUGUCGAUCCAGACUUCCGUUACAUGUCUCUGAACGAUCUUUUUCAAGUCUUGACGAUUGGAAAGUCCGAUUUCCUCCACCAUGAUUAUAACACCGCCGCAAAAACCGUCGAUGGAAUUCUCAAGACUCUGGAUGACCAGAACGGCGAAGUCCAAAACUUGGCCAUCAAGUGGUAUGUAUUCUCCCUAGGAACCCAACACGGUUUGCCCUCCGGAAACUGAUAAGUGCCUGCAGUCUUGGUCCGCUUGUAACAAAACUUCCCGGCUCGAUCUUGUCCCCUCUCAUUGAGAAGCUGUCGACUUUGAACAUCGAAAAUUCGGUCGAUAAUUCCAUUCCGGCGAUGGCCCUUCGAACGGUCGUUAUAACCCUACCCCGACCAACUACCGGUGUUGCAGCGACGAAGGAGGUGAAUGAAGCAUAUAAAUCCAUCAGCCAGGUUCUAAUUCCACGCCUGGUUGGCCGUUUGGUUGCAAACAAGCCCUCAAAGGGCGUGAAGCUCCCACCGCCCCCACCAAGCAUGCUGGAUCUAAACUCGGAUAAGGAAUUGGACUCGGAGGCUGUGGAUGUUCUGAUUGAGGUUGUGAGAUGCUUCGGUCCCAUGCUUCAGCAGGUCGAAGUGGAGGCCUUCCAAAACCUGUUACUUGAAAUACUGGAAUCUGACCGUGGCGGCUCGGUAGUCAAAAAGCGAGCGGUUGUUGCCAUGUGUAUUCUUGCAACCUAUCUCACCAAUGAUGAUCUGAGUGGCUUUGUUUCUCACCUGAUUGAAGGCCUUCGGAGCCCUCAUCUUACCUCGAACCAAAGACGCUUGUAUAUCACAAUUCUUGGAUCCAUGGCGAGAUCAAUUCCUUCUCGGUUUGGCCAUUAUUUGAAAACUCUCGCUCCGUUUGUUCUCUCAGCAUUGAGCCAACAGGAGCUAGAUGAUCAACUUGAAAACUCCGCCGAAGAUGGCGAGCCAGAUACAGAGUUGGAUGAUGUUCGUGAAUCUGCUCUUGUGGCCUUGGAAGGUUUCCUUGCUUCUUGUGGCGGCGAAAUGCGUGAUUUCACCGAUGAGACAAUUUCUGCUGCCCUUCGGUUUUUGAAGUAUGACCCCAAUUACAAUGAUGAUGACGAAGACGAGGAAAUGGGAGGAACACAAGAGGACGACGAGGCAGACGGCUUUUGCGACGAUGAUGAUUUCGAGGCCGAGGCCGGAUUUGACGACGACGACGAUGACGCCAGCUGGAAAGUCCGUCGAUGUGCAGCCAAGACACUCUAUACCAUCAUUUCCACUAGGGGAAGUGGAGAUUUACUAGACGAUGGUACGUUGUACGCCAAAGUCGCCCCUAUCCUCGUUCAACGGUUUAGUGAACGAGAAGAAAACGUUCGACUGGAGGUCAUUGCGACCAUGUCCUCUCUUGUUCGAAAGACUGGCGAAGGCGUGUUUGUCAAGCUCUCCGGUGAUGAAUCCGAGUACGCCAACCAUGCACCCCAGAGUAAGAAACGCAGAAGAGAGAGUAGUAGUGCUACAUUCGACACAAAAUCUUUCCUCUCCGCGUCCGCAGGAUUGAUCUCGCCAACAGCCGAGCCAGUCCCGGCAUCGGGCCCAAGAGCAGAUUUAGCGCGGCUCAGCCCUGCGAUUGUCAAGGCAACCACUAAGCUUCUUAAAGGUAGCUCAAUUCCAACUAAACAAGCCUUGAUCAACCUCUUGGAUGAUGUUGUUUCCGUUCAAAAUGGUGGCCUAGCCGAGUACUUCAACCAGAUUGUUGAGCCCAUAGUCGACGCAAUCAAGACUACUUCAGGAUACUCGGGAUCAGCUGCAAUCACUAGUGGAGGAGCUGCUUCAGCGACUGCAAAUACCCUACGAAUUGCUGCACUUGGCCUAAUCGGCGACAUCGCUAAGACCCAUUCUUCGAGUGUUCUGCAACCGUUCUUGGCUAAGAUUGUCCCAGGCGUUGUUUCUGCUGUAAAUGACAGAAACUAUAAAAUCUCUAGUGAAGCUAUCGGAACUGUCGAGGAAUUAGUCAAGGCUCUGACACCACCAAGAUUUAGAUCAGUAUCAUCCAGCCAUAAAACAGAUUUGCAACAACUCUACAAGGUGAUUGUUGGUCGCGUGACAGCCAACGACGCCGACUUGGAAGUCAGACAGCGUGCAAUUCAUGCUUUAGGAAUCUUGUUGGCACGCACUGCUACUCCGGAGGGCUCUUCAUUACUGCCCGCUUCGGAACGAACGGCAGCGAUGGAUAUCUUGACAGAGAGAUUAAAGAAUGAGAUUACUCGUCUAGCGGCGGUUCACGCAAUUGACACCAUCGCAGCUUUGACCACAAGUGCUGAUCAGCUCCAGCCAGCGUGGAUUAGAGAGGUGUCUCUGGAAUUAUCUGCUCAGCUUCGCAAGGCUAACAGAUCAUUGCGAGGUGCAAGUCUUCUCGCCCUGAAAAAUCUGGUUUUAGCGCCAGCGGCUAGGAACUCCCUUGAUACACCUACAAUUGAAGGUCUUGCGAGCGCACUGUACCCUCUUCUUACCGCAACAGACUUACAUCUUCUUGGGCCUGCCCUUCUUGUGCUAGCUGCGCUUGUUAACGAUAACGCCAAGUUGGUUGUUUCUGACCAGCUUAAUGUAGCCCUAUGCGAACUUCUAAAAUCAACCCUUGGUGGUGCGGUUCUAGAUGCAUUAUUGGACCUUGUAUCACAAAUUGGUCAGCAAAAGGCUGGCAAAAGUUUGAUGCAAGGUCUUCUUGCAGAGGUUAGAGUCACUGGCGAUCCAUCAGUUGUCGGAAGAGUUAUUGGCACACUUCUCAUCACGGGGGAUUCUUCCGUUGGUGUCAAGGUUGAUGAAUUCAUCAAAGAAGUGAGCCUUAUCAGACCAUUCGAACCAAAUGCAAAUGAUAAGGAGAAGCAAGAACACAUUCAAGCAGAGGAUAUUCGUCGAAGUCUAGCUUUGGGAGUUCUCGGCGAGUAUGGACUGCGUCUGGGCGCAAAGUCACCUUUGAAGCCUGAGGUUUUUACAGCCGAGUUCUCUGCUCAGUCGGAAAAAGUACCUCUGGCUGCUGCAAUUUCUCUUGGGCGUGCAGGUGCUGGCAAUAUUGCUGUUUACCUACCCAAAAUCAUGUCCGGAAUGAAGAAGGGUGGUAACAUUCAGUAUCUUUUAUUGCACUCGCUCAAGGAAAUCCUCCAACAAGCCAGUAACAACUCUGCAGACAUAAAGAAUUAUACCACCACUAUCUGGGAUCAACUCCUCAGUGCUUCACAGGAUGAGGAUAACAAGGCUGUAGCUGCUGAGUGUAUUGGGAGACUUGCGCUCAUUGAUCCACAGACUUAUCUGCCGCAAUUACAGGUAUGGCUCAGUACCAUCAAGUUGGGGAUCUCCAAAGCUAAUACAUUUUUAGGCGUAUCUCGUCGACCCAACAGCAUCAGUUCGGGCAAUAGUGAUUCAAGCCAUUCGUUAUACCCUCCCUGAUAGCGAUGAAGCAUUCGACAAUGUUCUCAAGACUACAUUAUUAGAUAUGGUGACCGUUAUGCUGAGAGACGAGAAUAUAGAGAACAAGCGUCUAGCUCUGACCACUCUCAACUCUGCAGCACAUAACAAACGUGAUCUCAUCAUUCCGAACCUGGGAACCUUGCUUCCACUUGUCAUGUCGGCAUCUGUAAUCAGACCAGAUCUGAUUCGGAUGAUCACAAUGGGACCAUUCAAACACAAGGUUGACGAUGGUUUAGAGAUGCGAAAGGUAAGGGCUUUCCAAUUCUCAUUGCUGUUAAUCUACUAACGUUUCUUUAGAGCGCCUACGAGACACUAUAUUCCUUGAUGGAGAUCGCAUUUUCGCGAAUCAAUAUCUUGGAUUUUUAUGACCGCGUCAUUGCAGGUCUCAGAGAUGAGCAAGAUAUUCGUGCUCUUUGCAACCUGAUGCUCACAAAACUUGUUGUGCUUAACCCAGAUGAGACGUCAGCACGCCUGGACUCAAUUGCCGAAUGCUUCCGUGCUGUUUUUUCGAACAAGCCAAAAGAGAAUGCUGUCAAGCAGGAAAUCGAGAAGUAUCAGGAGGCUUGCAAGGGCGUUUUGAGAGUAUCCUUGGUAUUGCACGAUGCGAUUCCAGGAGCAAGCAUGGCCAUGGGCGCCGCGGCUAGUCAACACCAGACUUGGCGAAACUACUGGGAGAUGGUAGAAAAGGAUUUUGAGCCGCAGAUGAGAGCUGUGAGAGAGGAGAGCAAAGAGAUUGCGGGUUGAUCCUUAUGGGAAUAUGAUAGGGUGAAUUUGGUUCAUGAUUACGAUACGAGUGGAUUAACCGUGUGGCAUGAAGCGGGGUUGCGGAUUAUAUGUGAGGUUUUAUGGGCAAGCCUAGAGGUAGCGAAAAUGUGUGUCAAUGGAAGAAUUCAUCAUUUGGCAAUAUCCCCUAGUUUCACAUAAAACGGCCAUGCAGUGUAAUAUUGAGAUUUUUCCUGCCCCAAGCCAAGUGGACAUGUUUGAAUAGGG